CUAGCGAUGGCGCCAUGACGAUCAAACAGAAAACAUUUAACAAGUAUAAAGAUACAACCGAGAACCCAAUAUGAUCAGUUCUCCGGGUUUAGUUGUGUGAAGAUCUUAGGACUUAUAACUUUUAAGCCAUCAUGACGGGGGCAAGACUGCUUGGUCUACUGGCGGUGCUAUGUGCGUUCGUAGGAACAAUACAAGCAGUUGCACUGGACGGUGCCUGCACGAAAGACUUGGAUUGUUCGUGUACAGACGCACAAGCCACGUGCCAGAAUGCGCUGUGUAAAUGCUCUUCAGGGUACACAGCAGUCAGCGGAGCAUGCAAAGCCGAUAUCGGCACAACCUGUGACGCAACAGCAGACUGCGACACGACAACAGUGACUGGCACGGUGUGUGACACAACAAUGACGUCACCAGUUUGUAAGCUAGGUUCUGCAGCAGAUUGCACCAACAACCAAAAUGACUGCGUUUCUAACUCCGCCUGCACCUCAAAUGCUUGCGCUUGCACGACGACCACACACAUAGAAGAAACAGCGACAAAAUUGUGCAAGAAAGAUAUCGGGCAAUCCUGCACAGUUUCUUCAGAUUGCGUUAUGAAUGAUCUAAAGGCCGUAUGUGACACAACUGUAGCAUCUCCUAUCUGCCAAUUAGGAGGAGCUGGUGACUGCACUGCGGGGGACACCUGUAUGAAUCAGGCAACGUGUACUGGUAAUGCAUGUGUAUGCGAAGCCACCAACUACCCGGCUGAUGCCAACACUUUCAUCUGCAGAGGAAUUGCCGGUCAAGCCUGUAGCACGGACGCUGGAUGUGCUGAAUAUUCUGAAUGUACAAGUUCGACAUGUUCCUGUAUGACGGGUUACGUUGAGCAGACCGACAAGUCCUGCCUCCCGGGUGUUGGAACCGCAUGUUCUGCCACGCUUGCCUGUGACAUAACCGCAAAUGCCAACGCAGUUUGUGACAACACGAAUGUUUGCAAGAUCAAGUCAGGCCAAGCCUGUACUGCAAGCACUGACUGUGUGUCCGGGGCGGCUUGCAGCACCAAUUGUGCAUGCAGUACGGGGUAUACAGUAGACGGAACACCAGCGUUAUGUUUAGGAGAUGUUGGCACCUCAUGCUCAUCGAACGCCGAUUGCGACCAAGUAACUGAUGCUUUAGUCUGUGACCUCACGCUUACAUCUCCUGUUUGCAAAAAGAAAAUCGCUGAUUGCUCAACUACUACUAACUGUGUUGCAAACAGCGAGUGUCCGACCACUACCACAUGUGCCUGCUCUAGCACCUACACGUUGGACACAGGAACACAGAUGUGCGAAGGAGCGAUUGAGGCAACGUGUGAUACAAAUGCGGACUGCGACGCUGCUUCAAACCUUGUUUGCGAUACAUCUUCGAGUAAAUGCAAGAAAGGUAUAACUAUAGCUUGCACUGCUGAUCAAUGUAUGACCAACGCAGAAUGUUCCUCAUGUGGCACGUGCCAGUGUUCCUCGGGAUACACGUAUAGCACAACGAACUUAGUCUGCGAGGGCUCAAGCGCAACAGCAGCAGUCUAUUCAACCCUGAUGUUGAUGAUCUGCUUCUUGAUAACCAGAGUUUAACAGCAAUACCAUCAACUGUAACAGCAAUACCAUCAACUGUAACAGCAAUACCAUCAACUGUAACAGAAGUAUCAUCAACUGUAACAGUAGUACCAUCAACUUUAACAGCGGUGUAAUUACCUGUAACAGCAAAAGUAUUGCCAACAAUUGCAUCAUCAGUGCUGACAUGAAAAGACAUUAUGUGGACAAAUGGUUGCAUUUUUACUAAAAAUAUCUAUUAGAUGAUACAAAAUAUGAAGUAAGAACGAGAAGUGCAUACAAUAAGAUAAGUGUUUACAUCCUUCAAGAGCUGUGUCACGAGCAACAUCUUAACCAAACACUUGUUACAUAAAUAAGCAUCGUUCUAUUUAACCAUAAUAAACAAAUAUGAAAUAUUCCAUUAUUUAUAGCUAUAUUUUUAAAGAACAGUUCAGUGUUUUUUUUUCUUUAACCUAUAUACAGUGUUUGAUUUUUAUAACCUUCUGAUGUGCAAGCGGAAUAACGUAAUGGUUUGAGGACACAAACCACGUGAUAUCUAUUAGUAAAACUUGCAGUAUCAUUACAAUGUAAUGAAAUUGUGUUUAAAUAGGUGUCAUUUUGUGGUUUAAAUGAAAAUCAUUUAUGUUUUGAGGCAUGUACGUCAACUAGUUCGAGUGAAAAAUAAAUAGAUUAAGAAAACAA